UCGUCGAACAGGAAACAGUUGACAGCUAGGAACAUUCUAAUCUUAAAAUGAAAUGUACACAUUCGUUCGAGGUUCGAGGAGAAAUACUUUAACGUUAGCAAGAUCGGUCAUUUACGGGAUCCCAUUAGCAGUGACCAAACACAAAGACGAUGACACAGCCGGCAGACUCUAUUUUACAUAGCGGUUACUUUCACCCCAUUCUGCGACACUGGCAGUCCUGUGCUUCAGACCUUAGACCAGAUAACCUCAUAUAUCCUAUCUUCAUUACUGACAGUCCUGAUGCAGUGGAACCAAUUUCAAGUCUUCCUGGUCAAGCGAGAUAUGGUGUAAAUAAGAUAGAGGGUUUACUUCGUCCCCUUGUGGACAAAGGUCUGAAGUGUGUGCUGAUUUUUGGAGUUCCUGCAAAAGUUGCGAAGGAUGAAAGGGGCUCUGGGGCGGACACAGAUGACACUCCUGCAGUGCUGGCUGUGAAGAAACUGAGAAGCACAUUCCCUGACCUUUUGUUGGCCUGUGAUGUGUGUCUUUGCCCUUACACCUCUCAUGGCCACUGUGGAAUCAUGAGUGAAGGUGGCAGCUUGGAUAAUGCUGCAAGCUGUUUAAGGCUGGCUGAAGUAGCUCUGGCUUAUGCUCAAGCAGGAUGCCAUAUCAUUGCCCCUUCUGAUAUGAUGGAUGGACGAAUUGCAGCCAUUAAGCAAGCUCUAAUCGCCAAUGAUCUUGGCAACAAGGUGUCAGUGCUGAGCUACAGUGCUAAAUUUGCCUCAUGCUACUAUGGACCAUUCAGAGAUGCUGCACAAUCUAAGCCUGCUUUUGGAGACAGACGAUGCUAUCAGCUGCCACCUGGUGCCAAAGGACUAGCACUGCGGGCCUGUGACCGGGAUGUUAAAGAAGGUGCUGACAUGCUGAUGGUGAAACCUGGAUUACCAUACCUUGAUAUUGUGAGAGAGGUUAAGAAUAAGCACCCUACUCAUCCACUGGCAGUGUAUAAUGUAUCAGGUGAGUUUGCCAUGUUGUGGCAUGGAGCUGAAGCUGGAGCUUUUGACCUGCGCACUGCAGUUAUGGAGGCCAUGACUGCUUUCCGUCGUGCAGGAGCCGACAUCAUUAUCACCUACUACUGUCCACAAUUACUCACAUGGUUAACAGAGUAAAAUGUUGGUUCUCCAAUAUGAAUGAACUUGGAUAAUACCAAAUCUACUAUCUCACCCUGAGACUGAAAAUUAUGACUUGUAUUAAAUCUGAUAUGCAAAUAUUACUACACAGAUCAAUAGCUUUUUUCCCCCCACAUUUUCUAAUUAGAUUUAUGUGUCUAGAUAUAAAGAUAUUCAAUCAGCUUUGGUUUUUAUAAUUUUCUGUCAUUUUGGCAAGUGCAGAUGUUAAAUUGGUCAUUGUUUUCCAAAAUAUGAUUGAUUACAUCACAGAUUUGUUGUAAUUUUAAUUGAGCUUCUGUUACACUAGCAAUAGACUUCAGGUUUGUAAUUACAGAAUUUUUUUUCAAAUCAGUGUACUAAUAAUCACAUUAACAUAGGAAGUCCUGUUGGCAUUUCGAGGGCUUGGAACCAGAGGGGCGUAAGUG